AUGUCUAUUGACCACAUCGGCCUUUACGUCCCCGCCUCCAUCUACAAGGCGACGGUGGCCUGGUACGUCGCCGCCCUGGCCCCAAUCGGCUUCAAGAAGUUUGUCGAGCCAAACGAGUACACCUGCGGUCUCGGCGUCCAACGACCCGACUUUUGGAUCGCGGGCCACAAGGCCGACAAGGCGAAUAUCCCACUCCACAUUGCCUUCAAGGCGGAUAACCGCAAAGUAAUUGACGAGUUCCACAAGGCUGCUCUCGCGGCGGGCGGCAAGGAUAACGGUGCCCCUGGUCUGCGGCCACAGUAUCGCCCCGACUACUAUGGCGCGUUUGUUUUUGAUCCUUCUGGGAAUAAUGUGGAGGUUGUCUGCCUCAAGCCGGAAGUGACGGAGGAAAAGUAG